GGCAAAUUGUCGGUCAAUUCUUUUUCUCGAGAAAAGUUCACGGCCAACGGGCAGCGACAGAACUAACAGACACCGGAGACAGCACGGCCACUGAACGCAAUUCGAACUCACACACAAUACAAUCGCGUGUGAGGUGUUCUUCGCAAAAUGGCGCCUAAACCACCUUCCAGCUCAAAAUCAUCCGUCAAGAGGAACCCCAAAGCCCCAAAGCCUGCUGCGUCAGGGCCCUUGAAGAAGUCCAAAAUCACAAAACGCCCACCGCCGAAACAAGUCAAAACUAAGCCAGGCGUACACUCCCAAACGUCCGCACAAGCCACGAAGCCAUCCAAGCGCAAUCAAAAGACCUACACCGACAAGGACCUCAAUCUCCCAGCCCUCAACAUGAUAACUCCGGUGGCCGCGCCGGAGAACCCCACCAACCACUCUCGCAAAGGGGGGACCGGGAAAAAGAAGAACAAAAUCUAUGUUGACGAUGAAGAGUCCAUGCGGACAAUACUGGCCAUGGUCACUGCGGAGAAGGAGGGGCAGAUCGAGAGCAAGCUGAUGAAGGCGCGACAGAUGGAGGAAAUCAGAGAGGCUCGGAGGAAGGAGAUGGAGAAGAGGAAAGAGAGUAAGAGAGAAGAGCUGGAAGGUGUCAAAAAGGGGCUGAAGAAGGGAAAGAAGAAGGCCAAAUCUCAGGAAAUGGGAACGGUCGCUGGAGAUGACAUGGAAAGACAUGAAGAAGGCAAGACCAAGACCAAGAAGCGAGUCUCCUUCGCGUGAGCGACAAGAGUCCUGGAGUCGAUUCUAUGUUUUCUAUCUCAUGCUGGGCCCUCUACGGUGUCUAGAAUCCCCACUGAUCAUGUCAAAGGGAAGUCUCAUAGCCCUGGGACAUGCAUCUUUCUCCGCAUCGGCUCGAAGACAGGCUUCAGUGGCUGCCGUUCGCCGCGGGAGAUUUGACCUUCGAGCUGAGCGCCAUUGCCGUCUGUCUUGGAAAUUGCGUCCAAGUCAAUAUCGUUGGCCAUGGUCUGGAAAAAUGCUGUGGUCUGAGGUCACCCGGACGUCAGUUAAAAGAUCUCUUCACAAACGGUCAGGAGGAUACCGACCACUCUUUCAAACCAUCUCCUGCCACCGAGCUCAAACCAGCUCAAAUGACCCCCACCAGGAGUCGUACAGAGUACCCCAUACGGAGUCUGUUGUACUUCUUCCCGUGGCAGCGCUUCACUUGCAGUCACCUACUCUGAUCAGCUCUGCACCUGAGAACAACAGCCAACGUGAAGACCCACCGGAUCAUCUUCAGCAUGUAUUGCCAGGAAAGGGAUCCUAAUGGACAAUGCCGAAUCGACCGACGACGCAUCUCGGUAAUAUGCCCCUUCUGUGGGAUAGCCCCAUGUGGGACCUUGGACAUAUCGAUCGAAUUCGUGAAGAUACUUCACCUUGCGGACAAGGUCGACGUCAAUCUUGGGGUUCUGGGAGAUCUGGUCCACAUGCCUCUCGAAGAGCUUCUUCAUACUCUGACCCAUGCUGGCGGAGUAGGCGUUUCGAUGGAACCAUGUUCUUUGGAGUGCAAGAUUUGCCGCGCUGAGAUCCCAUGGAUUGGACAGAAUAACGGCUGCUUUUAACGGGCAAUCACUGCCUUCCUCACCAAGGUACUGGAGCAAAUUAGAAGGGACAAUUGAUCGGGGCAUCAUAGUGACACAGUACUCACGUUCGUAAUAAUGUUGGCACCCAAAGAGAAGCCCAUUCCAAAGAGAGGGCGAUUGGGGAAAGUCUUCCUAAGCCACUUGACAGUCUGCCUCAUGUCCCAGGUUGCCCGUGCGUUGUACAGCACGCUGCUGGUGGUUUUGGUCAUGGCACAACCCCUCGAAAUAACGACACAAGCUUCCCAUCCUCCCUCUCCGACCAAAGGAGCUAGGACAUGGCGAAGGUAGAGCUCGUGGGAGCCUCCACUCAAUCCAUGGAGCAUGACCAGCAUCGGGCGGUUGUCUGGAGAGCCCAUAUUCUGGAACUCUUGUUCUGUAAAGUAUGUCGUGCGCGACGGCAAGGUCGGGUCCGAGUCAUUGUUGGGAGACGUCACGAAGUCAACCGAGAACUGGCCUGUGAAGAUUGGGUCUUCGUUUUCAAAUAUUCUGCGCUUGUAGUAGAUCGGCACCGACUCUCGUGUUAAGACAGUCCAGAUAGUCUGGAGGUGGCCAUUGAAAAGGAACGGAUUGAGUCGACAUGGCGGAAUAAGAGAUUUGCACAAGUCUGCAAAGGAGGUAGAUCGAC